AAUGUAUUUACCUUUCCCCUCACAAUUAAUAUAUUUAAUGUUCUCAUCGUCAAGCAAUUUCACAAAUCCAUUUCCCUUAACACAUUUGGUAUUUUCUGUGUCUAUCUCCUCCAAACAUUUAUUAGCACAACAAUCAUCAGUAGCCUCAACCCAUUCAUUCUUAAUUUGCACAAAACACUAAAAUAUUGGUACUUAUCCUUUAAAAUUCAUUUAUUUUAUUUCCCUUCUCUCAUUUUCUUAUUUAAGUCGAAAAUGCUCAUUUUGAUUAACUCUAUGGCGAUAAGCUU